AUGAAGCUUGAAGAUGCGUCGAGCGGGUCCCUCGGACCGGUGAUCGAGGUGAUCCAAAGCAUCUUGAAUCGGACUGGCUACAUUUUGCCUGCAUUGCUGCUCUUCAUCAUCGCGCUCGCCAUCAAGUACCCCAAUCGUCUACCAGGUACCAUGUGAGUCUUUGUUGAUGACAAUCAGCAGCGCAUACAUUGCGUUUUCCGAGCUCAGACCAUCCAUUCUGUCUCACAGCGAUCCGAAAUAUCGACCUGGAGUGUAUUUCCCACCAGGCGCAGACCCUCUGAUCGGGCACACGCGGAUGAUCGUAGGCUUCGGCAGCGAAGGUCAAUUUGAGAACUUCAAGGCGCUCAGCGAUGCCACACCGGCCGGAUCAUGGAACGUGAGCUUCUUGGGAACCUCUUCGAUGACCUUUGUCAACAGGCCCGAGUACCUCGAGUACAUUCAAAAGACCAACUUUGACAAUUUCCCAAAAGGCAGCCAGUUUACUGGACGACUGGGAGAUCUGCUCGGCGUGACGGGGAUUUUUGUGGCGGAUGGUCAUCCUUGGAAGACGCAGCGCAAGCAAGCUAGGUGAGUUGCGUGCCGGCUGCUUGGAACCUGACCCAAGCAGCCUGAGACCUCGUACUGACGACUGGCGUCGCGUCUCCGUCCCGUAGCCACAUGUUCUCCAACCGCGAGUUCAACACCUGGGUACGAGCCGUCAUUCACAACGAACUGGACGACAUCAGCGCUCUGCUUGACAAUGUUACCACCAAGAAUGGACCAGGCAAAUUGAUCUUGCCCGAAUUGAUGUUUCGAUACACGCUAUCCAGUUUCGCCAAGAUGGCCUUCGCAGCGAAUCUCAACUGUUUGUCACCCGAUCCCGACUCCCUCGAGCGUCCUGUGCCUUUCGCAGUGGCAUUCGACCGAGCGCAGGCCAUCAUCAACGACCGCUUCAUCACUCCCGGAUGGUACAUUUGGGAAAAAUUCAACAAGACCGGCAGGGACAUGCGUUCUUCCAUCAAGACGAUCAGAGAAUUUGGUCUGGACAUUAUCCACAAGCGCUUGGCUGAGCGUCAAGACGAGAAGAAAGAUCCAUUGGCACCGGUCGAAGGUACCAAGAAGGAGCAGCUCAAGAAGGAGGGCAAAGACUUGCUGGACUUUUUCAUGGAUCUCACCACCGAUCCCGAGGAGUUGCUCAUCGUCGUGCUCAACUUCAUCAUCGCUGGACGCGACACCACUGCUCAAAGUCUCAGCUGGCUCUUCUACGAGCUGAUGGCUCAUCCCGAGCACGUGCCAAAGAUCCGCAAGGAGAUCGCGGACAAGUUUGGCGAGCCAGAGGGAGGGGUGCGUCUGGAUUACGAGAGCUUCAGAGAAUUGCCAUAUACUGUUGCAUGUCUUCACGAAGCUAUCCGACUGCACCCAGCUGUGCCCAAGAAUGGAAAGGCGGUGACGAAGGAUGACGUCAUCAUUCCCCAGGGACCCAACCCGGACAAUUUGCCGCCAGUACGAGUGUUUGCGGGCGAGCGCGUUGGCUGGUCAGACUGGGUCAUGGCGCGCACGCCAGCCAUUUGGGGUGCAGACUGCGAAGAGUACAACCCUUCUCGAUUCCUCGAGACGGACGAAACGGGCAAGUUGCACCUCAAGAAUUUCGGUCAAUGGAAGAGCCACUACUUCAAUGCUGGACCGCGACUCUGCUUGGGCAUGAACCUGGCCACUUACGAAGCUACCGCCUUCAUCGCUGCCGUCUUGCCACGCUUCGACUUCGAAUGGGCCACUGCUGCCCAGGGUCAGAAGAGCGCUUGGCCCCCUCAAUACGCCAACAGCGUCACUCAUCCCAUCAAAGAUCCUUACCUCGUCAACGUUACGCGCAACAAAGCUUGA